AUGAAACCAAUGAUAGUGAUUCUUAAGGAUGGAACUGAUUCCUCGCAGGGUAAACCUCAAGUUCUAUCAAAUAUCAGCGCGUGCCAAGCAGUUGCGGAAGCAAUCCGCACGACCUUAGGUCCUCGUGGCAUGGAUAAACUUAUUGUCGAUAAACGUGGCAAAGCAACGAUAUCGAACGACGGUGCAACGAUUCUCAAACUCUUGGAAGUUGUUCAUCCCGCUGCUCGUACACUGGUCGAUAUUGCUAAAUCUCAAGAUGCUGAGGUUGGUGAUGGUACAACGUCGGUUGUGUUACUAGCAGCAGAGAUUUUGAAAAGUACGAGGACAUUUAUUGAAGAUGGCAUGCAUCCAACGAUUGUUAUUCGUGCUGUACGAAAAGCAACAGCAUUGGCUACGGAAAAGAUCAGGGAAAUUUCGAUUAAUGUUAAGAAAGAUGAUGCGAAAGAACAAAAAUUAUUGCUCGAAAAAUGUGCCCGAACAACAUUGAAUUCGAAAUUGAUUGCGCGGCAACGAGAAUUCUUUGCUAAGAUGGUUGUCGAUGCAGUUCUCAUGUUGGAUGAUUUACUUCCAUUAAAUAUGAUUGGAAUCAAAAAAGUAACUGGCGGUUCGCUCGAGGAGUCACGUUUAGUUGCUGGCGUCGCAUUUAAGAAAACAUUUAGCUAUGCUGGUUUUGAAAUGCAACAGAAAAAAUACUCGAACCCGAAAAUUGCUUUGCUUAAUAUUGAACUUGAACUGAAAGCUGAACGUGAUAACGCUGAACUUCGACUUGAUAAUGUCGCUGAAUAUCAAAAGAUAGUCGAUGCUGAAUGGACAAUUCUUUAUGAUAAACUGGAGAAACUUCACAGAGCCGGUGUGAAUGUUGUUCUGUCUAAGCUACCGAUUGGUGAUGUUGCAACACAAUAUUUCGCCGAUCGAGAAAUGUUUUGUGCUGGUCGCGUGCAAGAUGAUGAUCUUAAGCGUACACAAAAAGCAUGUGGAGGCGCGAUCGUCACGACAGUUGAGAAUCUCGAUGAAAAAUCUCAUCAAAUCUUUGGUACAUGUGAUCUGUUUGAAGAAAUUCAAAUCGGCUCGGAACGUUAUAAUUUCUUCACUGGUUGUCCAAGAGCGAAAACGGCAACAAUGAUCUUACGUGGUGGAGCAGAACAAUUCAUCGAUGAAGUUGAACGUUCAUUGCACGACGCCAUCAUGAUUGUACGACGUGCUGUUAAAAACGAUGCUAUUGUGGCUGGAGGUGGUGCCAUUGAAAUGGCACUAAGUCGCACCCUGAGAGAAUACAGUCGAACAGUUGCUGGGAAAGAACAAAUGAUCAUCGCUGCCUAUGCCAAAGCAUUUGAAAUCAUCCCGAGACAAUUGUGUGAAAACGCGGGAUUCGAUGCAACGAACAUCUUAAACAAACUUCGACAAAAACAUGCCGAAGAUAAUAUCUGGUUUGGAGUUGACGUGACACAUGAAGAUGUUAGUGAUAACUAUACAUCAGCCGUUUGGGAACCGGCAAUUGUCAAAAUCAAUGCAAUUACAGCUGCAAGUGAAGCUGCUUGUUUGAUUUUAAGUAUCGAUGAAACAGUCAAAGUACCAAAAUCAUCAAGUGAAAUAUCCAAUGCUGCGAAAGCGAUGAACAUGGAUUAA